UAAUAAUGUAGCGAAAAGACACAAUGAGUUGUCGUAAAGCGGAUGUCAAGGGCUGCAAACAGGUCCUCCAACCAUCGCCAUACUGAAGAGCUCUGAAGGUUCAUCAUGAACUUGGAUGCAGAGAAUCGAGUGGUGCUGAAUGUUGGUGGUAUUAGACACGAAACAUACAAAGCAACUUUGAAGAAAAUUCCAGCUACUCGCUUGUCCAGACUGACAGAAGCUCUGGCGAACUAUGAUCCCGUACUCAAUGAGUAUUUUUUUGAUAGGCAUCCGGGUGUAUUUGCCCAAGUGUUGAAUUAUUAUCGUACGGGCAAAUUACACUAUCCUACUGAUGUGUGCGGCCCUUUGUUCGAAGAAGAACUGGAAUUUUGGGGCUUAGAUUCUAAUCAGGUGGAACCUUGUUGUUGGAUGACUUAUACUCAACAUAGGGACACUCAGGAGACUUUAGCUGUUUUGGAUCGACUCGAUUUGGAUACAGAAAAACCGAGCGACGAGGAAAUAGCUAAAAAAUUUGGAAUGGAAGAAGACUAUUUUGCUGGCAGGAUGUCCUGGUGGCAAAAGCUUCAACCAAAAAUGUGGUCUUUAUUCGAUGAGCCUUAUUCUUCCACUGCUGCAAAGAUUAUUGGAGUAAUAUCGGUAUUUUUCAUCUGUGUAUCAAUUCUGUCGUUUUGUCUCAAGACCCAUCCAAACAUGAGAGUUCCUCUUAUACGUAACAUUACGGUGAAAACAACAGAGCAAACUGAAGCUUGGACACUUGAUAAAACGCAAACUAAUCCACACGAGGCUUUUUUCUACAUCGAGUGUAUAUGUAAUGCUUGGUUUACCUUUGAAAUUUCCAUAAGAUUUAUUGCUUGUCCCAGAAAAUUAGAAUUUGCCAGAGGAGCUGUAAAUAUCAUAGAUUUUACAGCAACCCUAUCGUUCUACAUUGACUUGGCACUGCAGAGAUUUGCUUCCCAUCUAGAAAAUGCUGACAUUUUGGAAUUCUUUAGUAUAAUAAGAAUAAUGAGGUUGUUUAAGUUGACAAGACAUUCUGCGGGACUUAAAAUACUCAUACAGACAUUUAAAGCCAGCGCUGGUGAACUGAUUUUAUUAGUUUUCUUCUUGGUAUUGGGUAUAGUUAUCUUCGCUAGUUUGGUAUACUACGCCGAGAGAAUACAGUCAAAUCCUAACAACGACUUCAAUAGUAUUCCUUUAGGAUUAUGGUGGGCCUUAGUCACGAUGACAACUGUAGGAUACGGAGACAUGGCGCCUAAAACUUAUGCUGGGAUGUUCGUCGGUGCCUUAUGUGCAUUGGCAGGUGUUUUGACAAUAGCCCUACCUGUUCCAGUUAUCGUAUCAAAUUUUGCCAUGUUCUAUUCCCACACCCAAGCGCGCGCCAAGUUGCCCAAGAAGAGGAGGAGAGUUUUGCCAGUCGAACAACCCCGUGGUCCACGGGUGGUUAGAGCGCCUAAUCCCAAUGCGGAUAAUCCACAGGGAAGAAGAGUGAAUGCCCUCAAACAGAAUCACCCAAAGGAUAUCUUGGGACCGAAAAUGGGAAACCGCGAAGAGACGAUUCCGAUGCUUAUGUUGAACCACUCGGAGACUAAAGAUGAACCCACUCUACCAAGGAGCCGAAGAUUGAGUACUGCUGACAAAUCGCCACCGAAACUUAUAGAUCUUGGUACUCCUGCCAGGAUUGGAAGUGAUAAUACCGGUAUAACAGGGCCUGAUGUUAAUGGAAUAGAUAACAACCAUGGACAAACAGCAACUGCCAAUCUGAUUCAGUUUAGUGACAUAGCCCCAUCAAAAUCUAUGCCAGGAAAAAUGUCUCCAACAGUAGCAAAAGUGGAUGCAUAAAAAUUUAAUUAACUAACUUUAAAAAUCAAAUCCUCAAACUAUACAAAAGACCAAGUUAUAGUAAAAUGUAACAUGUCAUUGCAAUUAUAAUAUUGCCAACACAAUGGCAAAAAUUUAUUGAAUAAUAUAAUAUUGAGAAAAGUACUUUUUCUACAUAUUGCAGAAAAUGAACGAAGUUUUAUAUCGCGCGAAUGGGACCAAAUAGCUUCCGUCAGACUAAUGCAUGUAUGGUCAAU